AUGCGUCUUUCGCUUUUGAACAUGGUGGCCAUCGCUGCUGCCAGAUAUAUCAAGGUUUCUAGUGAUUUAGGAACACAAUACUUAAUCUUGGAUGGUGAGGAACCAAAGUUUGUGGAUACCAUAACGGAAGCCUAUGGAGACUUUACCUUGAAUGAAGGGACUCUUUUUGCUGGCACAAGUCUCUUGACCAGAGAAAAGAGUGGAAAAAUUAAAUUUCUGAGUAAUUAUACCGAAUACUUAAGUUUUAGAGGCCACUUGGGGUUUGAGGGCGAUACAAUCACCCCUUUUUGGUCGUAUACUCUCUUCCUUUGUCAAGGAGAAGAUAAUCAGGGUGAUGAAUGGGAGUUGUUUGCCAGAGAUGAUAAUAGCGCUCCUGAGAGUUCCAGUGAGACAGAAACUGAGACAACAGAACCUUCGUCCAGUACUAAUGAUGAAACCACUGAAAUAGAGAUUACAGAUGAGACAUCGGAAACGGAUAGUACAGAAACCUCUGCAACUUCGGAUGAUGAUGAAGUUUCAACUCAAGAAACUGAACCCAAGGACACAACAGAAACUAUUGAAACAGGCGAAACUACUGACACCAAUGAAUCAGGUAAAACUACUGAUUCCAAUGAGCCUUCUGAAACAACGGAAACCACUGAUUCGCAAGUUGAAUCGCCAACUGAAUCUCCAAGGGAGUCAUCCACUACUCCUCCUGCAAGAUUGAGAAAACGGGUGGACUACGGUCAAUGUCUUGAGGUAUCUUUGAUGCUUGUCAACGACAAGUCCCAGUGCUCUGGCGCUGAGUGUCUGGCCACUUGCACUUCAACUUGCACCAAGCAAGUAUGUAUUGCUUCUCCUUGUCCUCUGGAGGUUUGUACAACCAUCUGUCAAGGUGACGAAUGUCCUACUGUGUGCACCAAGACUGACUGUGCAAAGCCAUCUGAAUGUCCUGACAGUUGUAGACUUGACUGUCCAAUUGAUACAUGCGAGAUUUUCUGUGUGAUGGCAUCAUGUACCGAAGGAUAUACUCCCUGUCCUGAGAGAACAUGCUACACAUCAUGUCCAACUCCGUCAUGUAGUGGAGCCGAAUGUGAAUCUACUUGCAGUGGAUCAGAGUGUGAGUCCACAUGCACUGGACCAGAUUGCGAGUCUACAUGUACUGGAUCAGAAUGUGAAUCUACUCCCACGUGCACUGGAUCAGAAUGUGUCAGCAGUUGUACCGGAUCUUGGUGCUACACCAAUAGCACUUGUACUGGAAGUGAAUGUGGAGGAAAGACUUGCACGGGCGCCACAUGUCCUCAAGAUGGAGGAUGUACUACCUGUGAUACUGUCCACUUCUCUGGCUGCCCAACUUGUAUCUACAUUCUUACUGACUACUCGUUUACAUGUACUGAAGUGACCACCAUGACCAUCUCGACUUGUUCUGAAGUCAGCAAAUGCUCUCCAAAAACUUUAACCUUUAGUCCUGGUACCUAUACCAUCACAGGAACUGCUGCAGUCCCAAUUCACUCGAAUAUUGUGGUGACUAAGGCAGCUGCUGGAACAGAUGCCUCUUCCCGUAGUACCGGAGUUGCUUCUUCAUCAACAGGAGCAACAACUAACUUCAGUGGAGAAGGUGCACGUAACUUGGUCAGUACUUUGAUUGGAGCCAUUGGGUUAAUACUCUUGAUGUGGUAG